GGCUGUCCUGUGACUCCUUCAAGUAUGUUUCCACUCUCACUUUAUUUAAGACGUGGUUGUAAUUCGUGUGAAGGCUAAAAAUACUUUUCCACCUCAUCAUCCAUGUUGAGAGAUCGGUGUACUUCCCAACAAACUUGUUCACGUAAGAGACUGUCGGUGUCUUCUUGCUUGAGGCUUGUCUUUCCUCUCAUAUCACAUAUAUUUGUACUGGUGAAACAAAGACAAGUUGUUGACUAUGAGGAUAAGUACUUGUCCAAGUACAAAUGUUUGACGACCUAACUGGAUAUAUGUAGUCUUUCAUCACAAAGCAAACAUACGUAAACGCUCCAUUUAUGCUAUGAGUAUACUUUUUGAAUGAACACAUGCCUUUCCUAUUUGCAAUCUUCAAAUUAAGUGUUUGAGCAAGCAGUAUAAUAAGUGCGACUCGUUUUGAAAUAGGCAUGCCUAAUAUGUAUGCAUACCGAACGCUCUGUUAAAAUCAGUCGAACACAGGAAGUCUCCAUGUAAUGAGAUCAUAUAGAUUCAGAUCAUCCUAUAAUACCGUGAAGAUUAAACUCCAACAAAGGAAGACGAGCAGGGAGGUCAGGCAAGACACAGGUGCAGGAUUUUAAUCAUUCUUAAACGUGACAAAUCGUGCAUCGUUUAUCGAGCAGCCGGGACUUGCUACAUAUAUAUUUUCAAAAUGGCACAGUCAGAUCCGUGGAAAAAUCGGAAAUCAGUACGAAUUUGCGCUUGCCUGGACAUGAUUUUUGCACUGCUCGUCAUUUCUGUCUAUAUUCUCAGAGUAGUAUUGGAAAAUGUAGACGAAGAAGAAGGCAGGUUGUCCAAAGGAUUUUUCAGACCUGGUGAAAAACCUGCAAUUACUUCCGCACUUUGGGCUGCUGCAUUUAUCAUCAACGUGACUCAAUUUGCUUUAGCAUAUUUGCUAUUUUCCGUUGUAAAUAAGGGGUUGGACGAGUCGGAAUGUGCAAUUCAAGCCAGUCGGUCAAAGUACUGGCUGAUUUUUGCGAAUAUAACAUUUGUGAUGCUCAUCUCCAAGUUUAUUUUCUUUGUCUUUUUCGACAAGGGGAACGAUUCUCUCGUGAGAGUGCCCAUGCUCAUCCUCUGUGUGACCGAGCUGUUCUUCAAAGGUUACGCAAUGUAUUUUGUAAAAGAGUUGGUGGACGAUUUGAAAGCGACCUUCAAUUCAGGCACAGCCAAGGUGCAGUACAUUACCGUCGUGGAUGGAAAACGGUUGGUAGAUCCUCGUUCUAGUGUUUGAGGUAGAAAACUGAAUACGUAACACAAUCGUGUACGUAUUUAAACUAUGCAACUUUCUCCAUUUCAACGGAUAAUCGCCCAAUUCACAACGAAUUACAGAAAUCUAUGUGAUGUUAAAGGUUGCGAUGUUCGGGAACCCUGCUUUUAACGAAUUUUGGAAAGUUUCCUUGUAGCAUGAUGUCAAUAAGGUCAACUGUGCAUGUACUGUUGGCCUUAUUUCCGAACUCGUCCUCACUCGAAAAAUUAUAAGUCUAUAUCCGAAAACAGAAUUCAAAAAUAAUAAUUCAGGACGUUGGUCUAAAAUUAGAUUAUGCUGAGGCAAUGAUACCUUCGACGAUGUGACUCUUUUAGAUCGCUAUUAAACCGUUUAGUAUUGAUUUAUACAAUGUUUCUAAUUUAUUAUAGGAAUUCUUUUUAGUACUACCCUUAUAUUAAUUAUAUUAUACUAAUUCAUGAAUAUUUUACGAUACAUGGUCAUAAGAAAAUGGAUUUAGGCUUGUAGAUAUGUAAAUUAGUAUCUAGUAAUUACUUAGCUAUCUAAAAUCUUGUUCUCAUUUAUUAUUUAUUUUAGUUAAAAUAGAUAACAACAAUUAUACGAGUUUAUGAUAACUAUCUUGUAUCCUCAAUUUUCAUACUCUUCUAAUAGCAAGUAAUAAAUAUACGUUUUUUGGAAU